AUGAAAUCAUCCGACGCCGACCAGGAGCUGUUCACCGAGAGCUAUUGCAAAGUGUGCAGCGCUCAGCUGAUAUCGGAGUCGCAGCGCGUGGCGCACUACGAGAGUCGGAAGCAUGCAAGCAAAGUUCGACUCUAUUACAUGCUGCAUCCCGUAGAUGGAGGCUGCCCAGCCAAAAAGCUCCGCUCUGAAAACGGCAGCGAUGGCAACUCAGUGGACAAGAACAAGUGCUGCACUCUGUGCAACAUGUCCUUCACCUCGGCAGUGGUGGCUGACUCACAUUACCAAGGGAAAAUCCACGCAAAAAGGCUAAAGCUCUUGCUAGGGGAGCAGCCCGCGCUCAAGGCCCCAGUUUUUUGCACUGCUUUUCCUAUAAAACGGGAGUUUCCGCCGCCGCCGCGGGCGCCGCGGGACUCGGAGCGGCACUGCCAGCUCUGCGCCGCCUGGUUCAACAACCCGCUCAUGGCCCAGCAGCACUACGAGGGCAAGAAGCACAAGAAGAACGCGGCGCGCGCCGAGCUCCUGCAGCAGCUGGGCAAGACGCUGGACCUGGGCGAGCUGCGAGGCCUGAAGCGCAGCUACACUUGCAGCACCUGCAACGUCACCCUGAACUCCAUAGAGCAGUACCACGCUCACCUGAAGGGCUCCAAGCACCAGACCAAGUGA